GUCGUCACGCCUCACGAUUCCCAUCGCUAUGCUUGCCAUUCUUUUGGUUUUGUCUGGGGUUUUAAGACUCUCCCUUGCAGUUGUCACCCUGCAAAUCCCUUUACAAGACCAACUUCCACUGAUUGCCCGUCUUAAUCAAGCUUACUACUGGACGUUCUCCGCUGACUCGUUUUCUACAUCGACCAAUGAACCGGUUGUGUACAGCUCAUCGACGCUACCUAGGUGGUUAUCAUUUGAUGGAUCCUCGCGAACCUUCCAUGGGACGCCAACAUCUUCGGACGAAGGGACCCCGCAGAUCACUUUAUGGGCUAGCGACGGGAUCUCAAACGUAUCGUGUACAUUUACUAUAUGUGCGAGCUCCUUCCCUUCCCCUUUGAUGAAGAUUCCGCUGGAUCAACAGUUCUCCUCUGUGGUGACCAAUCCUUCCUUAUCCUCUGUUUUUUCUUUGGCGGAAAACUCAGCGCUGGCAACAGGGAACCCUUCUCUGAGAGUGCCACCAGGCUGGUCAUUCAGCGUUGGGCUGGAUGAAGAUACGUUCACAUCCCCGAACAGCCUGUACUACUACGCUAUUCUCUCGGAUGGGGGUCCUCUUCCUGACUGGGUCGAAUUCAAUCCCAACACGGUAACUUUUGAUGGUCAUGCUCCCCAUAGCGAUGCCUUGCCUACGCCCUAUAAACUCCCUAUCGCCAUACAUGCCUCUGAUCAAGCUCAGUACUCGGCGCAAGUCACCUACUUUGACAUUGUGAUAGCUGAUCAUGAGCUAUCAGCGAACUCGAGCUUACCAACACUCAACAUCACGGCUUCAUCUCCCUUCAAUAUCACUUUGGCAUCCUCUGCUGAUUUCUCUGGGAUCCUGGUCGAUGGAAAUCCGAUCCAAACGUCAAACAUCACGUCUUUGUCGGUCGAUGUAUCGUCCUAUGCUAACUGGUUGAGCUACGACGAGCCUAGUCGAACACUCUAUGGACAGCUUCCUGCGAAUUUUCAACUACCGAACAACGCUGAGCCGACUCUUCCGGCUGCCGUUUCCACGAAUUUCAACCAAACUGUCCUUACAAACGUCUCUCUGAAUCUUGUCUCAUCUUAUUUCUCUGAAACGGACCUGGGUGACAUUGAAGCCAAUCCAGGAAGUUCCGUCACAUUUUCACUGAAGCAAUUUGUCCGGAAUAUCUCUGAUCCUGCCGACGCGAACACAACAGCUUCGUACUUCCCCAGCGAUGCUCGUAAUUACUUGGCAUUCGAUGCUGGUACUUCAUUGUUGACCGGACGAAUUCCCUCCAAUUCAAGUAUAGCGGAGACAGUUGUUACAUUUGCGGCCUACUCUGCAACCUCGCAUUCUACCUCCCAUGCAAUAUUGAGGAUUGUGUCUCCCGAAAACACAAAGGCGAAGUCGGACGCGGGUAAAGCUGCUGUUACGGAACGAGUCAAGAUUAUCCUUGCUGUUGUCUUCGGGAUUAUUGGUCUCAUUCUUGUGCUUGGUCUUCUUUUAGCUCUAGUGAGACACUACAGCAAAGUACGAGACUCGGCAGUGACAGGGGAGGAAGGGACUCGUGCUUGGACAGACGACGAACGGAAGUGGUAUGGGCUGGAUCCGAAAACUCAUCCCAACACGGCGAAAGAAAGCCUUGAAUAUAUGCCAAGAAGCUAUGUAUCCACCUCCCAACAGCUUGUACAGGAGAAAUUUGGCCUUGGCCUCCAACGUUUAACCCCCUCCGCCUCAUUAUCGCGGGUAGCCGGCGCUCCGAGUAGGCUGAUGAAGAAAGGAGACUUCCUGGGUAAGAUCAAGCAGACUGCAAGAAUCGUCAGUGACAAGUACAGGCGAAAACCAGUUAGACCUGUGAUCAGUCGCCCAAUGGGGUUGGCUAAAGAUGAAGAGCAUACGCAUGUUGACGGCCUACCUUUCGAGGGCGAUUUCAAUGAUAUCAUCCGGCAGGUCUCCGAGCAUAAUAUUCCUGAUCAUAGGGUAUUCUAUCGCCCUGUCAACACGUUGCCUAGUUUUACGAUGUCCAGUUCACCAUCCAUAUCUACGGCGGAUCGAUCCAUACCUAGAAGGCGGGCCGAUUUUGCUCCACCUCGCCCCAGCCCUAUACCUCAACAGCCUGCUCCUGCCGUGACCCGGCAGACGGACGAUAAGAGUACCAUCAGAGCCAGUGUCCAGAGCGAACAGAGUGCAAUAAGCGAGCAAACGUUGCCUGAAGAAAAUGUGGUCGCUCACCUCAAGCCCUUUACGCACUCAGCACGGGUUCCUGUACCUAAAUCUGCAUCAACGAGCGCCAAUGGGAGCGGUGGUCUAGAGGCAGGCAAGAGGAUCGUCAGCCAGACCGCAAAUCUACUCUCACCAAACGGUAUUGACGGACGGGCAAGCGUGGAGGAUCUCCGUUUAGGCAUGCACUACGUCCGAUCCCUUGGCGAAGGCGAUUCCACGAAAGUCCGAUCCACGUCUGACAAAUCCUUUGUAUCCCUCAUGUCUUCCAACCUCGGCCGUGGUCCAAAUGGCGAGACUAGGUCUCGCAUUCUGGUCCGUGUUGGCGAGCGCUUCAAAUUCAGGGUUCCAUUAGAAUCUCUGGAGCACGCACGCAAGCGAUUGCAAGCUAAGACUAUGACAGGUCAUGCGCUCCCGGAGUUCUUGGAUGUGGAACUGAAAGGACACGAUGGACCCAACUCUAGGCGCGUGGUGGAGUUCUCCGGCUUACCGCGUACGGCGGACGUAGGAGAGAUCCAAGUUGGCAUUUUCGUGUUCAAUAGCAAUGACUGCCUGGCUCAGGUAGUUGUGGAGGUACUAGGGAAAAACAAGAGAUCUCCCCCAAUGACGGCAUGAAAGACGAGCGCGAUAGCACAGUUGGGACGAGUCUCUACUCUUCAUACAUUAGAUAGUGACCUAAUGAUCAUCAGCGCGGAUUAAUCUCUCAAUCAGACCGAACAACACGAAUCUUGUUAUGUGUCGGUAAUUUGCACAGGACACCCGCAAACCUCUCGUGCAGCCGCGCUCGAUCACCAUUGAGCAUAGUACACGGUGGGCCGAGUAUCCUAACUCUUCUAUGAUCACAUGCAACUUACUAUUACCCCAAGAUCUCUAUCGGGAUGAUCGAUGAUGAUGGCGGUCAUCAAAUAUAUGCAUGUCAGGCAGAAUAAUCAUGAAACCCAUGCACGAUCGAUGGGACUGCAAUGCAAGAUGUAAUACAGUAUGCGCAGACGAAAAAACAGUGAGGAUGGUCCAUCAUGAUU